UGGCGUAAUAGAUCCGGUCCCAAGGUUCGACUCCCUCUUCCCUCCGCUACCUGGGCCGCACCUGCACUAGCCUCCACCGCACGCAUACGGCACCGCGAUUCGGGAGCCGGUGCUACAGCCAGACGCCGUGAUCUCCCCGCCUUCCUCUCUCGUCCUGCGCUGCGCAAUCGGGAGGCCACCGACGAGGAAGCAGGGCAACGAAGAUGGUCCGGGAGGUUGCGGAGAGCUGCGUCGACGGGGUGGUCAUGGAGAUGGUAGCGGCUUACUGCGGCCGCUUGUACGCUACCAAGCCCGAGCUCGCUGCCCGCCGCAUCGAGGCCAUCGGUUUCCAGGUUGGCCACCAGCUCUCCGAGAGAUAUACCAUGGAGCGCCCUCGAUUUAGUGAUCAUCUUGAAGCAAUCAAAUUUAUCUGCAAAGAUUUUUGGUCAGAGCUGUUCAAGAAGCAGAUUGAUAAUCUGAAAACAAAUCACAGGGGUACCUUUGUCCUUCAAGAUAACCGUUUCCGGUGGCUUACUCGUGUUUCUCUAGAUCCAUCUGCAGAGAGCACAGAUGUAACUGACAAUGACUCUGCACCAUUGGGUGAUACUGCAGCCCAAACAACAAGCAUGCUUCUGUAUUUCCCAUGCGGGUUAAUAAGAGGUGCCUUGACCAACUUAGGAAUUCCAUGCUCUGUCUCUGCAGAUAUGUCAAACCUUCCAGCAUGUUCCUUUGUGGUGCGCAUAAAGACAUGAACUGUGAGAAAUGAUACAAGUACAAUGUUGAAGUGCUGGCUUAUGGUUCAAGUCAUUUGACACCUACCGGUUUUCAUUGUCUCAAAAUGACUUUUCCUUCGCCUUCAUAACCUUAUUGCAGAGAUCGGGUGUAACUCUUAUGUGAUUUUUUUCAUCUACCAAAGUGGAGCACUUUCGUGUUCCUUUCGUAUAGAUCAUAUUUGGAUGUAGUCAAUCAUAGGUCCUGUUUGAAAUUCAGGAAUGUAAUGAAUCCUACAUGAAUUGAAGUGUUUACUCUGAAGUUCUUGUGAAAUGUGUAUGUUUUCAGACAGGCUAUCAGAAUCCUGUUGGAA